AUUAGAUAUUUAAUUUCUUACCCUUUGUCCCGGAAGUUGGUCUCACUUGUAACACACAUGUUGAAAACAUAACGGCAUCGCGUCUAACAUGGAAUUAAACAUCACGAAGACGAGUUCACAGGCUUUGCUGUCAUGUGGAAACGGAGGAGGCCUCAGAGAGAAGCUCCUCCUUAAGCCAAAGGCUGGCAGCUCCCUGCAGACAGAGCGGCUCCCGAGAAGCAGCGUGUUGGAGCGGCUGCAGAGCUUCCUGCCUCAGAUGGCCGAGGCCAACGAGAAGCUGAAGCGACAGAUGGAGGAAGCUCCUGCUGGAUGCUUUGACAUAGAGAGCGUGGAGGAGGCGGAGAGGGUCAUAGAGAUGGACGUCGCGCUGGUGGAACUCAGCGGUUCGGACUCUGAGGAUGAAGAGGAGACGUCGGACUCUGAGGAGGAAUCAGACUCUGCCGAGGAGAGCGAGCUCACGGCGCAGAACCUCAAACUACCUGGAGACAAAGGCAAGAAGAAAGCCAACAUCCAGGUUGUCGACCAACAGAAAGAGUAGAAAAGUUGGCCACGCAGACUUUUGGCUGCGUGUUGAGUUUCUUUGCCCUCUGAGGUGAUGCGGGACAAACUGACCAAUUAAAAAAACCCCUGCUUCAGGUUGGAAGGGAUUUUAGCCUACUUCAGAGACGGUGAAAAGAAAGAUGCGUGGGGAGAUGCAGAUCUUACUCAUCCCUAUGGGAACAGCAGUAAAUAUUAUUUUGUACGUGUGCCUUUGGAGCCGGAACAGAUACUGUGAUGCCGUCAUCCAGUCUGGCAAUCAGCUGUGACCUUCAUUGUGCAUGAUGUGUCUGGGUGUAACACUGUGGAUCACCUUGCUUUUGGUUUUCAUGAGCUUGUACACAUUCUUACGGAAGCCGAGACUGGCCAUGCUUGCAGCUGUUUUUUUAAGGGUUAAUUUAUCUCAUUAUUUCGAGAAAACAAAAGGCCGAUUUCUCGAGAUAACAAGAUAUUUUGUAACAUGAAAAUGACUUUUGUUUUUCCGAGAUCACACGAUAAUUAUGCAGAACUGGAAAAUGAGUGUCGGGUUCAUUUGAUCCCAGCUGAUUUCAGCCUUCAAGAUCACUGUCAGGACUGUCGGGAGGAUUCAUAACUGAACUGAAAACAGUUGUUAGCAGAAUGUACACCUGAGAGUUAAUUUAAGCUGUUCAUUUCCUGACAGUGUGAUGCAGUGCUGACAAAAUGUAUCAAGACAAGAUUGAGAUUUAUUAAAGGAGCUCAAAGAUUCUCUUCAGGCACUUUUUCCUGGCUGCUGGCUCAUUGUGGUCAGUAGGAAAAUGAAUACCAACAGGGCCAUUCUGGGCUUCCGUACGUUCUUACUUUAGUUUAGACUAUAAAGUAUUUGUGCUUUCAUGCAGCUCAGUUGUGUUUUUUAAGAGGAAGAUGGGGCACUGGAAAAGAAUAAAAUAAAGCCUCUGUACACAUACUGCUACAUCCAAAUUAGUAUUCAUUCAGGCUAACAUGUUAGCUAGCUUAUGAUUAUAAUCACGUUGAUUCUUUCAAAUUACCAUAAUGUAUUACCAUGUUCUCUGGUUCAGUUGCUGUGAUUGGUCAGAUCCAGUUUUCUAUUUUACUCAUACUGUUGUAACUACUGUAUAUUUGGAUUGGUUCUUUAAGUGAACUGACUUUGGCACCAUUUUGUCACAUGUAGGUAUUGAAAUCAUUUUUAUGAAUAUCAAAUUAAAAUAUAUGAUUACGCUAA